AUGCUGGGUCGAAUCCUGCUCACCAUCGACGCCUUCGGCCUGACGGUCGGCACGCUGAAGGCCGACUACUUCAGCGAGACGCACAUGUUCAACCCGCGCUGGCGCCCACACGCGAAAUUCCACAACGCCCAGACCGUCUCGCUCUCGCUGAUCCUGGCGGCCAUGACGCUCUACUACACGUGGCGGCGGGCGCCGUCGCCGCAGCUGCGCCGCGAGUUCCUGUUCGUCGCCGCGCUGGCCGGGUCCAUCUACUGGUUCGCGGGCCUGCUGGCCAUCCUGCCGCCCGGCACCAUGGGCGUCGACCCCGAGUUUGGCGGGCCGGCGUUCCCGCAGGGCUGGCUGUUUGGGGGGUUUAUGGCUUGUGCGCUGGUCGGGGCUUGGUUGGAGUAUUGA